CCUCACAAAACCUCUCCCCGUCCCCCGCCAAAACGCACUGAUAAUCGUGAAUGGGUUUUUUACGUGUUUUAUCAAGACAAAUACCCAUUUUCCGGGAAAUGGCGACCUUGGUGACAUUGAGAAAUGGUCAGAAGAUGCCCCAGCUGGGUCUGGGCACAUACUUGGCUCUUGAGGGGGAAUGUGAGGAAGCUACAAAGUAUGCCAUUGACAUUGGCUACCGGCAUUUGGACACAGCAUAUUCCUACAACAAUGAAAAAGAGGUAGGAAAAGCUGUAAUUGCAAAAGUGGCGGAGGGAAAAGUGAAAAGGGAAGAUAUCUUUCUGGUUACGAAACUCAGCAACAUCCACCACGAACCUGAGCACGUUGAGAGGGCAUGCCGGAAGUCUCUGGCCAAUUUGGGUCUUGAUUACAUUGAUUUGUACUUGAUGCAUACGCCCAUGGCAUUUGAAUUUCACGGCGAUGAAGAUACAGCUCCUAAAAACUCUGCUGGAGAGAUUCUCUCCAGCACCACAGACUACCUGGAUACGUGGCGAGCAAUGGAGCCACUUGUGGAGAAGGGUCUUGUGCGAAGUAUUGGAGUAUCGAACUUCAAUAGUGCUCAAUUGACUCGCCUUCUUGCCAAUUGCAAGAUAAAGCCUGUGUCUAAUCAGGUGGAGUGCAAUCCGGGAAUCAAUCAAGGACCUCUACGAAACUUCUGUGCCAAAAAUGACAUUGCCCUGAUUGCCUACAGUCCCCUGGGGAGGCCCCAUUAUGCCGCAAAGGAUCCCAAUUUCCCGCGUCCCGCACUACUGGACGACAGAGUUAUUUCCAUGGGCAAGAAAUACAAUAAAUCUCCUGGACAGAUUAUUCUGCGCUUCCUUGUGCAAUUGGGUGCAACUCCUGUGCCCAAAUCCUCCAAUAAGGAACGCAUGAAGGACAAUCUGAACAUUUUUGAUUUUGAACUCAGCACUGAAGAUAUUCGUGUCCUGGAAUCCUUCAACACUGGCGAGAGAACCUGUCCAUUCACUGCAAAUAAGACACACGUAUACUUUCCCUUCCACGAUGAAUUCUAAUCCUGGGAUGAUUCCCUUCCGGACAGCGAGAUCAAAACAUUUUGCGUCACAAACAGUGAAAUAAAAUUGUAUUCCUCCUGCGAGUAGAUUUUCUUUUAGCAGUGUCAUUAUUAGAUGGUUCACCAUGUAAUAAAAUGCAUUAUCUUAUCAAUA